AUUUACAGUAGAGAGAGAGAAGAGGGAGAGGAGAGAGAAAAUCUAUGGGCGUGCGCUAGUGAAGCCGUGAAGUGUGAAACUCUGUCUCGGCGGAAAUGGAGGGAGUUUCGAUUUUCAUGCUCGUUUUUGGCCUCCAAUGAAAAUUUUGGUGUUAAAGUAUUCCAAAAAUAUACUCUAGAGAAGAUUUAACUCUAGCUAGAAGGAUUACAGUACAGUACAGUAUGAAUCAAUCAAUAUUAUAUAUGCAUACUUUCAGCCACUAUCUCUCUCUCCUUUUUCAGUUCUAGAUCGCAUAUUCAUCUCCUAAUCUAUUGCUAAACCUAAAACCCUACCGUUGAUUCUCUGUACUUGUAUAUCACUUCUAUCAUGAUUCUCAUUUGAGCUGGAAAGGAAAGUAGAAAGAGAAAGAGAAAGAGAAGGAGAGUGCCUAUGUCGGAGAUACGCGGCCGCGGUUGUAGCAGUCACGGAGGAAUUGAUCCAAGCAAUCUUCACUUGAAAAAGGAGCUAACACAGAUCAGGAAGGCAUCUAGAGUUUUGAGAGAUCCUGGAACAACAUCUUCAUGGCGGUCGCCUAUGAGUUCCGCCAGAUCUGCGGCGGCGAUAAUGGCGGCUUCUUCGUCAUAUGGACAUACAUAUCGUCAGAAUAAGUCUGUUAAUGUAACGGCGGUUAGUGGAGUUGAAAGAGAGAGUAAGUUGGGAACAGGGAACGGCAAUGGGAGAGAUAAAAAGAUUUUUCUGCAUAAUUGGAUCAUGCAGAGAUCAUCGAGUGAGAAAAGUGCGAAUACAGCGAAGUCGGAGGAGAAGAGGUUGAGAAAAGAUCAAGCUGAUGAUGCAAACGAUGAAUCUUCGUCUUCUUCGGCUCCAGCGGAGGAGGAGGAGGAGGAGAGCGUUGGCGAUAGCUUGAGCGAUGCUAGGAACGGAGGCGAUACGAAGAGCGACACCUGCAUUGCUGAUCGGUAUGCUUCUAUGAUUUUCAAAUGUAAUGAUGCAAAAUUAACACCGUCGGUGGUUAGACGGACUAUUCCUAAAAGAAAAGCAAAGAAAAAUAUACACUCUUCUGCUUUUAGGCAAAAGAUGAUGAACAGCAGAAAUUCAAAGCAACCAUUAGAGGGUGCCGUCAGAUCAAUUGGGAACGAUUUAGACAGGGAUGAUUCAGUGAGCUUGCUUGAUCAAUCCGAUGAUACUGAGGGAUACUGUAAUUUUGAAGAUUUAGGGCGAGCUGCCGCAGCAUCGUCGUCAUCGCCCACAGCAUUACUCUCUAGGCUUAAGAAAUCCAAGCUACUGAAAAACCAUAGCAAGAAGGAAGACUCUUCUUUCUCAUACAGUACUCCAGCUUUAUCAACGAGUUCCUACAACAGGUAUUUCAAUAGAAAUCCAAGCACAAUAGGUUCUUGGGAUGCCACCACCGUUUCCUUUAACGAUGGAGACGAAGAGGUAGAUGAUACCUUAGAUUUACCUGGCCAACAAGGAUGUGGGAUUCCUUGUUACUGGUCUAAGAAGAUGACACCAAAGAACAAAGGAGGAGGUUGUGGCAGUUGUUAUUCACCUUCACUUUCUGAUACAUUGAGGCGACAAGGAAAUCGAAUCUUCUGUGGAAGCCAAAGCAUUCACCACAGAAAUCGUCGGGGAUCAUUAUCGGGUUCGAAAAAGAAGAGACUCGCGUCUAGAAGUGCACAAGGUGUGAUUCCAUUGUUGACAAACGGAGAUGAUGGUCAAGGAGACUCCUCCAUGGGAAGCGACGAUGAGCUGUCCACAAAUUAUGGGGAGAUCGAUUUGGAGGCUCUUAGUAGAUUGGAUGGAAGGAGAUGGUCGACUAGUUGUAGGAGUAAUGAAGGACUAGAAUUGGUAGCUCUGAAUGAGGAUGGAGAAGUAGAGGAAGGAAUGCAAGAGAAUUUGAAUAGAAGCUUGAGUCAAAAAUAUCGUCCAAUGUUUUUUGAGGAGAUAGUUGGGCAAACAAUUGUGGUUCAAUCCCUUGUGAAUGCAGUUUCAAGGGGUAGAAUUUCUCCUGUUUAUCUUUUCCAAGGUCCUAGAGGAACUGGAAAGACAUCAAUGGCAAGGGUUUUUGCUGCAGCCUUGAAUUGUCUCGCAACUGAAGAAACUAAACCCUGUGGCGUUUGCAGAGAAUGUGCUGAUUUCAUUUCUGGUAAGAGUAGGAACAUUAAGGAAGUUGACAUCACAAGUAAGAAGGGAAUUGAAAGUUUCAAGCAUUUAUUGAAAUUAACGUCAUCCGGAUCUUCAUCAGCAUUUUGUCGUCGCAAAGUGUUUGUUAUCGAUGAAUGUCAUUUGUUACCUUCCAAGAUGUGGCUGGCUUUUAUGAAGUUUCUUGAGGAACCCUCUUCAGGAGCUGUGUUUUUAUUCUCAACAACUGAUCUCGAUAACAUCCCUCGAACUGUGUUGUCUCGCUGCCAAAAGUACAUAUUCAACAAGAUUAAAGAUGCAGAUAUCGUGACCAGGUUAAGAAAACUCUCAGAAGAUGAAAACCUAGAUGUUGAAUCAGACGCGUUAGAUCUAAUUGCUGCUAAUGCUGAUGGUUCACUUCGUGAUGCUGAAACUAUGUUAGACCAGUUGAGCUUGCUUGGUAAAAGGAUUACCACAUCCCUUGUUAACGAACUGGUUGGGGUAGUUUCUGAGGAGAAACUGCUUGAACUUUUGGAGUUGGCCUUAUCAUCAGACACUGCAGAAACAGUUAAGAAAGCAAGAGAAAUGAUGGAUUCGGGGGUUGAUCCAAUUGUGGUGAUGUCUCAACUUGCCACCCUCAUCAUGGAUAUUAUUGCUGGCACUUACCACAUAAUGGAUUCAAGAAGUGAGGAAUCUACUUUGGGUGGUGGAAAUUUAACUGAAGGAGAACUUGAGAGAUUCAAACAUGCCUUGAAGCUACUAUCAGAAGCUGAAAAACAAUUAAGAGUUUCAACAGAGCGUUCAACAUGGUUCACAGCAACAUUACUGCAGCUGGGAUCGAUUCCAUCCUCAGAUCCUCCAACUCAAUCAGGAAGCAGUAGGAGACAGAGCUCCAAGACUACUGAGGAAGAUCCAUCUAGUACCUCUAGAGAAGCAAUUGUUCAGAAACAGAGAUCCGAUGCUCACUACUCGCUUCGAAGAUCAAGUUGUUCUUCUCCUACUUCCCUACUUAACACUGCUUUCCAGUAUUUAAACAAUUCCCCACGACUUGUUGAUGGCGCGGGUGAUAUGAUUCCAAGAUGUACAGACUCAAGCAUGUUGGCAGACAUAUGGCUUUGCUGCAUUGAGAAAUGCCAUUCCAAGACUUUGAAGCAAUUGCUCCUCACUCAUGGAAAGCUCAUUUCGAUUCUCGAAGCUGAUGGUUAUUUUGUGGCAUAUGUGACCUUUGCAGAUGGGGACAUUAAGAUAAGAGCUGAAAGGUUUCUCAGCAGCAUUACGAAUUCGUUUGAAAAUGUUUUACAAUGCAAUGUGGAGGUUAGAAUGGUUGUAGCAGGGUCUGGUGACGAAAUAUCGGCAUCAAAACAACAAAAACAGGUAGAUGUUCCAAAAAACAUUCGCAGCAGGGAGAGAAGAACAGUUUCUGGAAGUAUAGAAAUUCAAUCUAGAGGAGUAAGCUUUGAUGGUUCUUCUGUCGGAAGAAAUCUUCAGUUGUCAUCAUCAUCAUCAAUAGCAGCAGCAUCACCUGUAAGGAAACCUGAGAUUCAAAACCAAAGAAUAGAAACUAUAAUUCGAGAACAGAGACUAGAAAACGCUUGGUUACAAGCGAUGGAGAAAGGUACUACUCCUGGAUCGGUUAGUCGUUUGAAACCAGAGAAGAAUCAAGUGUUGCCUCAAGAUGGAACCUUCCCUCCUCCUGCCAAGCAAUUGGAAUCAGUGAACUCUUUGGACAAGUCUUCUCAGCGAUGGCAAGACGAACUGAACCAUGAACUAAAGCUGUUGAAUAUCGACAAUAAUGUGAAGAUUCUCGAAGAGCAGACUGGUCAUCAUCAUCAUCACCAUUCUCAUCCUAUAUCACCAAGCUUAUUGCAUGGAACUAACUUUAGGGGGAAUUUCACCAAGGACAACAACAUGGGAUAUGAAUCAGGAACUGGAGCUGGAGGUUGCAGUGGGCUUUUCUGUUGGAAUAAUGGAAAGAAUCAUCCUAGGAGAGGAAAGGUGGUUUCGCGUAAAGAAGGGACACGAUUUUCAUUGUUUGGAGAAUGUGUGUCAAGAAGAAAGGCAGAGAAAAAGAAUAGGGUAAGAAGAUGAUGAUGAAUUACACAUUGGGGAAUUUGUUUUUUUAAUUUCUGGGUAGAGUUGUUAUUCUAUGGUUUUAUUUUAUUAUUAUAAUUAUUAUUGUUAUAAAUUUGAUCAAUUGAAGAAAAAUGUAAAGUUUCAUCAAGCUUGGGCUGACUUUGAAUAACUACUUUCUCAUCUGAACAAUAAGAGGAGGAUUUGCCAAAGUCAUGUUAUUUUUUUUCUUAAUGAAGUUCAUUCAGUUUUGAAAGAGAA